UAGAUAUCGCACACUGAAAUUUGCUUACAAUAACAUUACAUUUAUCCGAAGCAAAUGGCGAUGGCAAUGCGUUGUUCUUGCUUUUUUUCCCGCCUCAAUUCCCCGCGAUCUCCUUCCUCCCAUCACUUAUUCAGGGACCUCCAUGUUUCCGGGAAAAUACCUCAUGUUGCACUUAAUGUGGACAAUUUUGUUAAAUUUUGUGGGGAAAGCGUCGUCAGACCACUUCAGAUACAGAAUGCUUUGCCCGUUACAAAAAGUCAGGGAAAUAUUGAGACAAGAUUUCCAGUUAUGGCGUUUCUCUUGGCGAAUGUUUUUACAUUUUCCGUACCAUUGAAAGCUAUGGCUGAAACAUGCGAGGCUGAGAGUCCUGCUUUCAAUAUGCCAAUACUUCUUGCUGUCGCCCUUGUAGGGGCCACUGUUGGAGGAUUGCUUGCUCGGCAAAGAAGGGGAGAAUUGAAGCGGUUAAAUGAACAACUUCGCCAGAUUAAUGCUGCACUAAGAAGGCAAGCAAAGAUUGAGUCUUAUGCUCCCACCUUAAGUUAUGCUCCUGUUGGUGGAAGAAUACUCGAGAAUGAAGUUAUUGUUGAUCCGAGGAAGGAGGAGUUGAUCUCUCGAUUGAAGUCCGGAAAGAACUUUUUGAGAAAUCAAGAUCCAGAAAAGGCAUUUGUGGAGUUUAAGACUGCUCUUGAGCUUGCUCAGGGUCUACAGGACCCAAUUGAGGAAAAGAAGGCUGCUAGGGGUUUAGGGGCUUCACUGCAGAGGCAGGGAAAGUACCGAGAAGCAAUCAAAUACCAUUCAAUGGUUUUGGCAAUCUCUGAACGGGAAGGAGAACAAUCAGGAAAUACUGAAGCUUUUGGAGCAAUCGCUGAUUGUUACACUGAACUAGGCGAUCUUGAAAAAGCUGCUUACUUUUAUGACAAGUACAUAGCAAGGCUGGAAACAGAUUGAUGUAUUUGCAACCAUCUAUUGUUGUUUGUUUACUUCAUAAUGUAGCCAAGUACUAGGCGUUCGUCAUGGUUGGUAGCUUGUAUGCGGAAGAAUUAGUUAUUCGUAUGUAGAUGUUGAGUUGAGAAUAACUGAAGAAUCGCGUCAUUCUCUAUGUUUAUUCCAUUAAAAUUAAAUGAUUUUUCCAAA